AUGAAAUACAGGGAACGCUCAACGGAAGUUGAGGGACGGUUGCAAGCUUUAAUGAGGGGCGAGCUCAGAUACUUAAUUAAACUUGAGAAUUUGACCGUUUCCAGCGAAUUAAUCCCCCCUUCCCUACUUUAUGGCUUCCAGUUCCAAUAUGGACAUAGAGGGCGCGACCCAGCACCUCCGGGACAUCUUAAAACUGGAUCGUCCCGGUAAUUCGGCCGAUUCCUCUUUGGUAGAGAGCCAGAGAAAUCUAUCUUUCAAUGGAGAGUCGAAUGGUGUUUUUGGAGCGGAUAUUAUCAACGCAGGAGGACAUGCAGAAAUGGUGGAGCCGACUUCUCACAACUCAGACAAACUCAAUGGACAGGACACACAGACUAUCUGCCUUUCAGGAGAUGAUGAGUCCACCUGUGUCUCCAUCAGAGCAAACAAUGUGGAAAUUGUGUCCAGCCGUGACUCUAGUAUUGACAGUAAGGCUCGUGGUAGCAACAAGGUUAAAAUACAGCCAGUGGCCAAAUAUGACUGGGAGCACAAGUACUACUAUGGCAAUUUAAUAGCCGUGUCCAACUCAUACGUGGCUUAUGCCAUCAGAGGUGCAAACAAUCAUUCGAUGAUCCGUGUGCUGCAACUGGGCUCGACGGAGCGUUCGCUGCUGAAGGGCUUCACCGGUGCAGUCACAGACCUUGCCUUCGCCCACUUAGACUCCACCCUCUUGGCCUGCGUGGAUGAAGCUGGAAACAUGUUCAUUUGGCAGCUCACUAGUCACAACGGCAAAAUACAAGAUGAAGUGAUCGUUCACAUCCACAGGCCUGAGGACACUCCACUUAAUUCCAACCGCAGACUCAUCUGGUGUCCCUUUAUCCCAGAAGACAAUGAUGAGAACCCGGAGGAUGCAUGUCAGACAUUGGCACUGCUUCAUGAAGACAGAGCUGAGGUUUGGGACCUUGACAUCCUCCGAUCCAAUAACAGCUCAUGGCCUGUGGAUGCCACUGAACUGAAAGAGGGGUUUAUCACUAUUAGAGGACACACAGCACGCAUUAGUGAGGGAGCGCUGUCACCUGAUGGCACUGUCUUGGCCACAGCAAGUCAUGAUGGAUAUGUCAAAUUUUGGCAAAUCUACAUUGAAGGCCAGGACCAACCCAGAUGUUUGCAUGAAUGGCAGCCACAUAAUGGACGACCCCUUUCCUGCCUGCUCUUUUGUGACAACCACAAGAAGCAAGACCCUGAAGUUCCGUUUUGGCGAUUCCUGAUCACUGGAGCUGAUCAGAACCAGGAGCUGAAGAUGUGGUGCACAGUGUCCUGGACCUGCUUACAAACCAUCAGGUUUUCUCCAGAUCCAUUUAACAGCAGUGUGCUACCCAGCCUGAAGGCCAGUUUGGACUUGUCUGCAGAGUUUCUUAUCCUUAGUGAUGUUCAGAGGAAGGUGUUGUACGUCAUGGAGCUGUUACAGAACCAGGAAAAAGGCCGUGCCAACUUCACUGCAGUUUCAGAGUUUCUGCUUACAUACCCUGUGCUCAGCUUCGGCAUACAGGAUGUUGCCCGUGCACGAUUGCGACACACUGAGGUCCUUCCCCCUGAUGAGGAAAGUGAAAGCAUGACAACAGAAGGAAGCCAGGGACCCUCAGAGUCCAAAUCAGGAAUCCAGAUUAAACUCUACUGUGUGCAUACAAAAUCACUACAGGAUGUGCAGAUCUGGUUCCAGCCCAAUCAGGGGGCCUCAUCCUCCCUUUUCAUGCCUCAGUCUGGAUCACAAGAUGGCUUUGGUUUUUCUGACCCGCUGGCUGAUCUGAAUGUGGAAGCAAUGAGCUCUGAUAAGGAGUCUGGGGACAGUGGAUCACAGAACGACCUGAGUAAAAUUCUGCCACUUCCAUGUCCAGCUGACUUCAUGAGUCCAGCCCCAUCAGCCUUGCCCAAACUCAUGACCCCGGACGCCUUUUUGACGCCCAGUGCUUCUAUGCCCGCCUCUCCUGGCAGCAGUGCAAGCAGCCUGACCAUAGUCACGGCCAUGAGCAGCUCAGACAGCGGUGCAAGGGGUGGAGAUGAUCUAAACCAGAGCCCUAAAAUGUCUGUCGACUGUGGCAACACCAGCUUGAAUCUGAGUGCCAGCGCUGGCAGUUCAAGAUCCAACUCCAUCCUUAUCUCAGGCCUUGGGGAAAACAUCCAGGUAUUAAUGGACAUGGUUUCCUCUCCAAACCCUCCUCUCUCCCUGGAUCUCCAGGCCAUAGAUCCCAUGAUUGUCCCUCAGGCCUCUCCGACCAGAGCUCGCUCUCCGGAUGUCAUUUCAUCUGCUUCUACGGCAAUGUCCCAGGACAUCCCCGAGAUCGCCUCGGAAACCCUGCAGAGAGGACUGGCCGCUGACUCGGCCUCCGUCCUGCAUUCUGACAGCAUGGCUUCAGCCGCAUCGGUCCUCCACCUGCUGUCUCAGAGAGCCCGGAGCGGUGCUGAGCACAGUUUGUUGCCUCUCGAAUUGGGUGCAGCAUCUGUGGAUGGAGAACAAAGACUCAAUAGCACACCCUCACUACUAGAGACGGCUCUGUCACAGGAGAACGCUGUAGCAGCUGGAGGUUCUUGUUCUGACAGCAGCGUGAACCAUGCGUGGCCAGCAGCACCCGAUAUCACACGAGAGACUCGCAACAGCCUGAGAGACAAUGGUUUGGGAGACUGCUCUAGGGAGGAAAUAAAGGACAGGCACAUUUCUUCCCCCUACCACAGGCGCACCUAUCACCUGACUCAGAACGACAGUCAAGAUGCAAGUGCAGAGCAGAGUGAUCAUGAUGAUGAGGUUGCCAGUCUGGCCUCCUCGUCGGGGAACUGUGGCCCUCGCUCCUCUCACAGACUCCCCGUAAAAGACUGGAAAACAUCACCACGCAGCUCCCCCAAGCUCAAGAGGAAGAGCAAGAAAGAUGAAGGAGAGUCCUCACAGUCUAGACAGAUUGAGAACCAGAUGAGCACAGAGGUUCAAGAUGAGCUCCUGCUGAUGUUGCGGAGCCAGCAGAGGGAGUUAGCCGAGCUGAGACAGAACCAGCUGGACAUCCUGCAGAGAGUUACCAGCCACAUGGAUGCCAUACAGAGCUCCAUCAUGGCUCAUAUCGAGCACUCCAUGUUGGCUCAGCAGGAGCAAGAACAGAGAAGAAUGGAGCGAAUUCUGGCUGAGGGACAAAGCCGGAACCAACAGCUCCACGACCAGCUUGCUCAGCAGCUUGUCCAGACUCUGAACAACAGUCUGUGCAACCGGCUAGACAAAGUUUUGCGUGAAGAAUUGAAAAAGAUCGUCCCACAGACCAUAUCGAAGAGUCUAGAACCUGUGACUGGCCAGAUGAACAGCACCAUCGCUGCCAAGUUAACCGCAGUGGAAGGAACACUGAAGGAAAAUGUCACCAAAGUUGUUAAGUCCAAGAACACUACAGAUGCCAUCGGUCGUGCUGCUGCUGAGGCCAUGCAGGGCCCCAUUCAGGCAGCAUACAAAGAGACCUUCCAGAGCAUUGUGCUUCCUGUGUUUGAGAGAGGCUGCCAGUCCAUGUUUCAGCAGAUCAAUGACAGCUUCAAACAGGGAACCCACGAAUACAUCCAACAGCUUGAGACGCAUAUCAAGAACAGGAAACAGCGGGACCAGGAUGCACGGGAUCCUGUGAUUGGCCAGCUGCAACAGAUGAUUGACACACUCCAGAAUUCUCAAGACCAGCUGGCCUCCACUGUGACGGCCAGCGUGUGCUCUGACGUUCAGCAUCAGCUCCACAUGAUCGUGGGAAACCUGCAGGACUCAAUCCUGACGCAGGUGCAGCGCAUAGUGAAGGGAGAGGUGAGUCUGGCCAUGAAGGAGCAGCAGGCAGCCGUCACCUCCAGCAUCAUGCAGGCCAUGCGCUCGGCUGCAGGAACUCCUGUCCCCUCCACACAUCUGGACUACCAGGCCCAGCAGGCCAGCAUACUGCAGUUACUACAGCAGGGCCAGCUCAACGAGGCCUUCCAACAGGCUUUAUCCGCAGCAGACCUGAAUCUGGUGCUGUACGUGUGUGAGACCAUUGACUCUCAGCAAGUGUUCGGCCAGCAGCCCUGUCCACUCCAUCAGGCCGUCCUCCUGUCCCUCAUCCAGCAGCUCUCCACCAACCUGAGCACACGCACAGAACUCAAGAUCAGCUAUCUAGAAGAUGCCGUGAUGAACCUGGACCACGGAGAUCCAGUCACCCGAGACCACAUGUCUGCAGUGCUGUCCCAGGUACGACAGAAGCUCCUGCACUUCCUGCAGCAGGACACCCAGAGCCCUCUGAGCAAGCGUGCACGGCGCCUCAUGAUGAUGCUGCAGGGCCUGGUCAAUCACUAGAGCCCCUUCAGAUGGUCACAAGCCCUCAGUCAGCGUCCCGUCACGACCUUGUACCACCCUGCUGUUCGGUUGCUUAUCUUAGUUCUGCCGCUUAUUGGCUAUCUCCAAAGCACUAUUAGGAGUUGUAGUCCAGACUUGGACAUAAAGAUAUAUUGGUGGGUUUGGACUACAUCUCCCCAUCCUGGCCUUCCUCCUCUUUUUGCCUGCACAUGUGAAAAAUCAUCAGUUUGUAUGCGGCACUAUCAUCAAUGCAGAACAGGACAUGGGAUACUUCAGUUCAUUCUUUGAGACCACGACGACAUGGUGGUGUUUCUUUUUUUUUUUUUUUUUGGCUUUCAUCCUCGACAAGGAAUCAGGAACAAGACUGUGGAGAGCAUGAGAACGAAAGUAACCUGCUGAACGGAUGGUUUUCAGGCUGUUUAUUUUGGUGAAGCGCCAUUAAAUGCUGCAGAUAUGGAGACAUGAUCACCGCCUCAUGAACAUCAGCCCUGUCGGUUAUUGAUGGUUGUAUUUAGGCUGAAAAUAAUGCUGCUUUCUCAUGUCGAGUGCAGCAUCAGACAUGUUCCUGGAAUUUUUUUUGGCAAUUCUAUCGGGAUACAAAAAGAUCAAAGCGAGAUUUCUGUUCUCACACAGUUUGAUACCAUGUUUCCCAAUCAACAGAGCCCUGUAAAAUAUGUUUGAGGGCUUAUAUUACCAAGAAAUGCUAACCACACAUGUCCCAUCGCAUGCAGUACAACUGCAAGUCUCUAGAGGGCAUGCAUCUAUAUAUAAUUCUUUUCUAAUUUUAUAUGGUGUUUCUUUUUUUUUUUUCAGUUAUUCUGUGAAAUUACACUACAGCGAAUGCAGCAAGGCUUUUUUUCUGUUUCGUAUGUAUCGUAGCCCCCAAAUAUUUAAAAGUGUUGGAGAAAGGGGCUGGAAUGCCUACUUUCUGCUCUGUUCUAGUCAGUUGCUCGUAUUUGAUUUGGACUGAGAUUGCCGACACUUGUUAUGGAGGGACUAUUUGGCCAUUCCCUCUGAUAGAGGAAGAACAAAAAAGAAAGUGCCUUAUCAGCCUUUUGCGUAUCAGAUACUGGUAAUCGUUUCUUCGAUCCCUAUGAUGGGCGCCACAUUGGUGUGUGUGGCCUAGCUUCAAGCAAAUUUUCUUUCUCACUUUAACACAGAAUUGGACAGGGUUUUUCCUGAAACGUUUCCUUUAAAGUGCUGUAAACUGUGAUCUGAGUUUGUUUUUUGUUUUAUCCCCCCUUCCAUUAUUUCCUCACACGUUUCAUCCUAAUGCAACAAGGAAGUGCCGGCCCGUUGAUUGUGUUUAACACAUUAUUCGUUCCCUGUCAUUUUUAUUUUUGAGCUGUGCAUAUUAUAUCCGCCGUCUCUGUGGCUCAUUAGGACAUUUUUACAGGGUGUAGGCAAUGUGUCCUUUUGCUUUAUUCUCUUAUGUAAAAAAAAAAAAAGCUCUUUAACAGACAUGAGCCUGCUGUGCAAUUGAGGAUAAAUCUGAGGCUCUAAUUAGGAAAUAUUAAACUCGGCAUGCUUGCAUGCUACUGGUGAGAGCCAUGUAUACACAAGUUAACCUGUUUUUACGAAUUUAACAGCCUAUUUUGUUCUGUGAACCUGUAGUAAUCCCUUUUCAUUGUCAUUUCACUUUCUUAAAUAGUAUAGUUUCCAGCAAAGAUAACCUGCGAUCGGAUAGACAGUUUUAUGUUAUGUCGGGUUGAAAUGUCAGUUUUAAGGUUUUGUUGCAUUGCGAGAGUAAUUGGUUUCGAUGCCGUUUUAGACACGUCUGAUGAUGUUUGGGUUAAUACAUAGCCUUCAGUGUUUGAGGCUUACACAAACUUUCUUUUUUUUUGCUUCUCAAGAGAUUUGCAUUGCAGGUUGUGUACGACAAUUUAACUGUAAUUUUUUUUUCCAUUUGUGUUGAUUUUUGUUCCUUAUGUUUGGAAUUGUGUUGUACAUUUUACACUUGUUUCUUUCAUCCUAGAUGUUUUUGGAAUAAAAAAAGAAAAACAUUGUUCAA